ACCGAAUGGGAAAUGGUAAAUACAUAUGGUAAGAAAUAGUAAAUUGUCAGGUUAGGUUUGUUAGGGGCUGAAGAACCUGAGCUGUGGACUGGAGGCAGCGGCGCGGCAAGAUGAGCAAGAGGCAGGGUCCGCCGAAGCACCAAAACCGGUACGCAUGGAAACCCAAAGCCGGCCACAAAAUCAACGAAACGGAAGUUGGAGGGAAGCUCAGACCAUACUCGGAGAUCACCGGGGUGUGCCCUCGCUGUAAAGAACAGAUCGAUUGGAAACGCCGUUACGGCAAAUACAAGCCCCUCUCUGAGCCUGCCAAAUGUCAACGAUGCUCUAAACGUGCAGUCCGUCAGGCUUACCAUAAUUUAUGUUCUGCUUGUGCAAAGGAGCAAAAUGUUUGUGCAAAGUGUUGUUGCUGCGUGAACCAGAUAAUUGGAAGAGAUUCUGCUGAAGUAGAGGCCGAGCAAAAGAUACUCGAAGAGGCUAUUAAGAAUGCUAGAGAAAGAGAUCGGAGGACUCUUCUACGUGCUAUGAACAAAGGUACAACAAAGAGUACAGCAAAAACUGUAACCAAUGAAGCAAACAAGGUUGGCGAUUUGUUUCCCUCUGCAUCACUUGAAGAAUAUGCGGCAAAAAGCGGAGAACAUAAUCGUGAUCUUAAUGGUCAUAAUGAUCUUGAUCGUGAUGGUGAAGAAGAAGAAGAAGAAGAAGAAGAAGAAGAAGAUGAUGAUGAUGAAGCUCAAGGUGUGGAUAAAACUAAAAAUGAAGAUGAGUGCAAAUGUGAAGAUUAUGAUGAAGAUGGGUAGAUAGUUUGCAAUUUUCUCAAGAGCUGCUUUUGUUUGUGCGAUUUCUACUAGUGGAGACAUGGAAACAUGAAUUAUUUGCUUUGGUUUUUGAUGUGCAAAAGAUUACACCUACAUGGAGACAGUUUCAUUUUUUUUAUUCCCUGUUUCUCUUUUGCUUUUCAAGUUAAAGCUAACAGUAAUUUAGUGAAUCUUCAUGCGAAGAUAUAGCACACCUUUUGCUCUUUUGUGUUUUUUUGUCACUAUUAUCUCAAGGGGAAGAACAUCAUAUUGACAACUAAUAGUGAACAUUAUGGAUUACUGACCAAA